CACUGACCCGCCUCUUUGGUGCCAGAAAUUGUGGAGUAUGGGAGUGAAGGCGGUGCUUUGUUGAGAAACGAGGCUUAUGUGCGGAAGCAGAAAUCCGAAGGCAUGGAAGAAAUGGCGGAGAGGGAACGAGAAAUAGAAGUCCGGAGCCUGAGCGGUGAAUCAACCACCGUUUCCAUAUCGGAAAACAAAACCAUUGAAGACCUCAAGCUCCUCCUGAUUCAAACUUUCCCUCCCGCCUCCAACUCCCCCAAUUUUCACCUCUUCUUCAAGGGUGCUAAAUUGAGCUUACAGAGUAAGCUAAACAGUCACCCCAUUGGUUCCGGAAAAUUUAUGGUUCUGGUCCCAUUUACCAAGAAGGUUCGACAAUGCAAUCAAUCUGCAACCACCUCGGAAGUUCCCAAUCAAAGCCCAGUCUCAAACUUCGCUGAUUCAGCAUGGUCUGAUAUGAUGCAAGAUUUAAGGACUUUAAGCAACAUGUCAAAUAAUGAAAAUCAAACGAAUUUUGACUCUGGGAGUGUAAUUGAAGGAGUGAGAAAUGAAUUAAUGGAAGAAGCCUCUGCAACAUAUACUUUGGAGAGGAAACGCAAAAAGUUCCAUGGUGAUAAACAGGAAGGAUCUUCAGAUGACCUUAUAUUAAGUUUAUUGAAGUCGCCUUGUAAGAUUUUCUUAGACAAACAGAAUUGUGAAAUACUUAUUCGAGUUUUGGAGUCGGUGAAUUGUUUAUUGGAUAUGCGAUCUGGCAGCUGCAUGUUGUUGAGAGAAGUUGGUUUAGCCUACGGUGAUGCAACGCAAAGUGGAAGCAAGAGUAGUUUAUGCCUUUGUCCAGCAUGGUUGAAAAAAAUAAUGAAAACAUUUACUUUCUUAAAUAUAUUCUCUGCAUUUCUACAACUGCAGCAAGGGCAUAUCACCUUAAUCCAUUUGAAGGAAGGAUUAGAUCAUCUUGGGGAAUUUGGAUUUCAAGUUGAUAUGGAGGAUAUAGAGCAUCUCUCUGUUCUCUGUCCUAAGGUAGUGCAUUUUGCCACUAAUGGAAUGCCAUCCAGAAACUUGGGUGAUAACCUUAUUGUCAUUAAUUCUUCAACACAACACAAAGAUCAAGUUGAAGAUAAUUCUAGAACUGCUCAAAAGCAGGUGCCUAUAUCAAAGAUUGUCAGUGUGAUGAAGAAACUGGAAAGUUGCUUCAAAACACAUUUAUGGAGGGCUGUUAAAGUGUUGAUGCGUAAAAAUGGAAAUGAGAUGGCCAUGCUCUUUUCCUUAGAAGAUCUACUGAUAUCUGUGAAGGAAGGUGGUGCUGGUAAGGCAAAACAAGCAAGGAGAAGCUGGUCAGCAGUUUCAAGUACUAAUUCAGCUCAAUCAAAAUGUCAUGAUACAAAUCCACUGCUCCCAAUGGAAAUGGUUGAACAUCUCAGAAAGGGCAUGGGAUGUCAAGGACAGAUGGUGCAUGUUGAAGAAAUUUGUGCUAGAAUGGCUAUUCGUGUGGAAAUCCCAGAUGAACUGUCAGAAAACACAAAAUCUGCACUUGAACAUAUUGGAGUUACUAGGUUGUACAGCCACCAGGCAGAGUCGAUACAAGCUUCCCUUGGAGGGAAGAAUGUUGUUGUGGCAACAAUGACAUCCAGUGGGAAAUCUCUUUGUUACAAUGUUCCAGUUCUGGAAGUGUUAUCCCAGAAUUUGUUAUCGUGUGCGCUAUACUUGUUUCCAACAAAGGCAUUGGCUCAAGAUCAACUAAGAGCUUUGUUGGCUAUGACAAAAGGGUCUGAUGUUAGUUUAAAGAUGGGUGUAUAUGAUGGUGAUACUUCUGAGGAGGACAGGAUGUGGUUACGUGAUAAUGCUAGAUUGUUGAUCACAAAUCCGGAUAUGUUACACAUGUCAAUCUUGCCUUUCCAUGGACAAUUUCGGCGAAUUCUAUCAAAUCUUAGGUUUGUAAUCAUUGAUGAAGCCCAUGCUUACAAGGGAGCAUUUGGAUGUCACACUGCCUUUAUACUGAGAAGACUUCGCCGGUUGUGUCAUCAUGUGUAUGGCAGUGAUCCAUCUUUUAUAUUUUGUACUGCAACUUCUGCAAAUCCUCGUGAUCAUGCUAUGGAACUUGCUAAUCUACCAACAUUGGAGCUGAUUCACAAUGAUGGAAGUCCUUCUGGGCCUAAGUUUUUUGCCCUCUGGAAUCCUGCUUUAUGCUCAAAAACUGUGUCAAAGAGAUCUACAAGUAGCACGAAUAUUAGUAAAUCUGCAGAUGAAAAUGUUAUUGUCAAACGCUCAAGUCCAAUUUGGGAAAUUUCAUGUCUUUUCGCAGAAAUGAUUCAGCAUGGGCUUCGUUGCAUUGCUUUUUGUAAAUCGCGUAAACUUUGUGAACUUGUUUUGUCCUACACGCGUGAGAUACUUCAGGAGACAGCGCCCCAUCUGGUCGACUCCAUAUGUGCUUAUCGUGCUGGUUAUGUUGCUCAGGUUUGUUGUUUUUGUUUGCUAACAGAGAUCUCCUCCAAAUCACUGGAUAGGAGGAGAAUAGAGAGUGAUUUUUUCAGUGGGAAGCUUUGUGGUAUUGCUGCUACGAAUGCCCUUGAGCUGGGUAUCGAUGUUGGACACAUUGAUGUAACUCUUCAUCUAGGCUUCCCUGGUAGCAUUGCUAGCCUGUGGCAGCAAGCUGGGAGAUCUGGGAGAAGGGAAAGACCGUCACUUGCUAUAUAUGUUGCAUUUGAAGGGCCUCUGGAUCAGUACUUUAUGAAAUUCCCCCAGAAACUCUUCAGGAGGCCAAUUGAGUGUUGUCACGUUGAUGCUCAAAACCAACAGGUGCUUGAACAGCAUUUGGUUUGCGCUGCUCUUGAACACCCAUUGAGUUUGCUUUAUGAUGAGAAAUAUUUUGGUUCUGGUUUAAACAGUGCCAUAACUUCACUUACAAAUAGGGGAUACCUGAGUUUUGAUCCAUCACGUGGUUCUUCUUCUAGAAUAUGGAACUACAUUGGGCAUGCGAAAAUUCCUUCUCAUGCAGUUAGUAUUCGAGCGAUAGAGACUGAAAAAUACAAAGUCAUAGACAAGGGCAGAGAUGAACUACUUGAAGAGAUUGAGGAAAGCAAGGCUUUCUUUCAGGUAUAUGAUGGUGCUGUUUAUAUGCACCAAGGCAAGACCUAUCUGGUAAAGGAGUUAGAUAUAUCAAGAAAACUUGCUUUAUGCCAACAAGCUGACUUGAAAUAUUACACCAAGACUCGUGAUUAUACUGAUAUUCAUGUCAUUGGCGGUGAGAUUGCCUACCAAGCAAGGAUUUCCAGGAUCCAGUUUGCUAGAACAACUGCCCAAGUACAUGAUUGCAGAGUAACGACUACUUGGUUUGGCUUCCGUCGUAUAUGGAAAGGAAGCAAUAAAGUCUUUGAUACAGUUGAACUUUCACUACCUACAUAUUCAUAUCAGUCACAGGCAGUCUGGGUUCGAGUUCCACAAUCAGUAAAAACAGCUGUGGAGAUUCACAGGUUCUCAUUUCGUGCAGGCUUGCAUGCUGCUUCUCAUGCUGUUCUAAACGUGGUCCCUCUGUAUGUGAUCUGCAACUCAUCUGACUUGGCUCCAGAAUGUUCAAACCCUCAUGAUACCCGCUAUAUUCCAGAAAGAAUUCUAUUGUAUGAUCCGCAUCCUGGAGGGACUGGUUUUUCAGCACAGGUUCGAUCACAUUUCACUGAACUGUUAACUGCUGCUUUGGAACUCCUUAUGUCAUGCUGCUGCACGGGAGACACCGGUUGCCCUAACUGCAUUCAAAAUCUAGCUUGUGGGGAGUACAAUGAGCUUUUACACAAGGAUGCAGCCAUUAUGAUUAUAAAGGGUGUUCUGGAAGCAGAGGAGUCAUACUUUGGAGGACACACUGAUUCUUCAAAACCCUAGACAUUAGAGGAAUGUUGCUGAAGAGGUUGAUUCAGUGAGUAUUUUUCUUCUUCUAUGAUAAGAAAAGAAGCGAAUAAAUUAAACACCAGAAGAAGAUACAGAAUCUUGAUGAAGAGAGGUUCGGAUAGAAGCAUCCUUGACCGAUUUUGCCAUCUUAUAUAGCUCAUCAUACAUGGUCUUCUCUCCAAGAGAAGGGUGCCUAGCCUGGAUCUGAAAAUCAAAAUUCUUUAACAGUGGCCUGACCCUAAUGCCUCACGGAUGGUAUGCAGAAAAUUCUGGCGAGACCCAAAUCAAGAUCAAUCCGAAGACCCCUUGCAGUCUAGUAGUGGCUGAAGCCAUGAAGAUGAAUUUAUUUUACUGUCUCCCAAUGGCAAAUGCCGUUGUAAUCGCUAUGCUUAAGGCAAGUGGCCAAAAGAGGAGUGGAGUUUCACUUUUCUAUCAAUAGAGAGCAUUGUUCUAACCUCUAAUUGACACGAUGUUUAAUUUUGUGAGCGUUAUCCAGUUGAAGGUUAAACAUCUAUAAAUGGAGAGACUGGUGACAUGAAAUGCCGGAGUUUGGCACAAAAAUGCUCCAUUAAUUUA